AAAACUAUCAUAAGUUUGUCCUCAACGUAACAGUAAAUACAUACUCAGUUUUAGUUCAAAUCAUUUUUAACUUUACACUUCAACCAUUAAAAUAAAAUGAAUAAAAUACAAGUACUCGUUUUUUUUGCUAUAGUUUGUGUUUUAGUACAAAACACUUCAGGGGAAACUGAAGAAUUGAAAAGAGCAGCUUUUGAUGCUCUUCUUGGACCCGGAGAGACUACAAUUACUCCAGAACAGUUUAAAAAAUUUGAUGGAAGAAUAUAUUUUGGACCUACUGAGAAUGGCAGAAUUAAUUAUCAAAAUUUUUGUGAAUCGGUUUGGCCAGAACCUCCAGAAGAUACUGUAGAUGAGGCUGUGGUCGAAGAUGAAGAGGAUAAUGCCGAAGACGAAGAGGAUGAAGAUGAAGAGGAUGAAGAUGAAGAGGAUAAUGCCGAAGAUGAAGAGGACGAAGCUGGAUCAGGUUGUGUCGAAGAUGCAACGGAUUUUGCCGAAGCUGGACCGGGUACUGACGAUUAUAGACAGGAUACUGACGAUGAUAAGUAAAUAUAUUAGUAUAUUACCUAAUAUUUGAUAUUAUGUAUUGUGUACCUACUAUAUAAUAUGUUUUGAAAAUAUAUAUACUUCAA